AUCCCGGAAGCUGGGAAAUAGAACUGUUGACAUUCAAGGACGUGUCUAUAGAGUUCUCUAUGGAUGAGUGGGCCUGCCUGGACCCUGCUCAGCAGACUUUGUAUCGGGAUGUCAUGUUGGAGAACUACAGACACCUGGUCUUCCUAGGUCUUACUCUGUCUAAGCCAGACCUCAUCACCUGUUUGGAGCAAAGCAAAGUACCCUGGAAGGUGAAGACACACCAGACAGUACUCAAGCCCCCAGCUAUAUCUAACCAUCUGGACCAAGACCAUUUGCAAAAUUUUGACUCAAAUAUUUUAGUCACAGAGAUAAUCCUGAGAAGACAUCGAAGCUGUGCCCCUGACAACUUAAACUUAACAAAAGACUGGGCAAGUGUGUCUGAGUGUAAGCAGCAGAAAGUAUCUGACAGUGGAUUUGACCACUGUUUAACAGCUACCAAUACCAAAAUCUUCCAAUGUACUAAAUGUUUGAAAGUCUUCACAGAAUUAUCAAAUCUAAGUAGACAUAAGAUGAUAUAUAAUGUAGGGAAAACUUUUCAUUGUAUAAAGUAUGGUAAAGCCUCUAACCCAUGCUCACAUGUUACUAAUAAGAUAAUUCAUAUUGGAGAAAAACAGUACAAAUGUGGCAAAGUCUUCAAAUCUGACUCAAGCCUGUCUAAGCAUAAGAGACUUGACACUGGAGAGAAACUCUACAAGUGUGAAAAUGAUGCUAAAUGUCUUAACCUCAGAUCAGAAUAUUGUAACCAUAAGAGUACUGAUAGUGGAAGAAAACCUUACAACUACGAAGACGGUGACAAACUUACCAAGGAGUACUCACACCUUUCUGGAGAGAAAAGAAUUCACUCUGGAGAGAAACCCUACAAAUGUCAACAGUGUGGCAAAGCCUUUAAUCAGUACUCAAACCUUUCUAGACAUCAAAGAAUUCAUUCUGGAGAGAAACCCUACAAAUGUCAAGAAUGUGGCAAAGCCUUUAACAGGUACUCACAACUUUCUGAACAUCAAAGAAUUCAUUCUGGAGAGAAACCCUACAAAUGUCAACAAUGUGGCAAAGCUUUUAACCGGUAUUCAAACCUUUCUGAACAUCAAAGAAUACAUUCUGGAGAGAAACCCUACAAAUGUCAACAAUGUGGCAAAGCAUUUAAUAAUAAUUCAGACCUUACUAAACAUAAAAGAAUUCAUUCUGGAGAGAGACCCUACAAAUGUCAACAAUGUGGGAAAGCCUUUUACCAUUACUCAGGCCUUUCUGUACAUAAAAGAAUUCAUUCUGGAGAGAAAACCUACAAAUGUCAACAAUGUGACAAAGCCUUCCACUGCUCCUCAUACCUUUCUCAACACAAAAGAAUUCAUUCUGGAGAGAAACCCUACAAAUGUCAACAGUGUGACAAAGCCUUUCUCCGGUACUCACACCUUUGUGAACAUCAAAGAAUUCAUUCUGGAGAAAAACCCUACAAAUGUCAAGAAUGUGGCAAAGCCUUUAAUGAUAAUUCAGCCCUUACUAAACAUAAAAGAAUUCAUUCUGGAGAGAAACCCUACAAAUGUCUAGAAUGUGGCAAAGCCUUUCACCAAACCUCAAGCCUUUCUGUGCAUAAAAGAAUUCAUUCUGGAGAGAAACCCUACAAAUGUCAAGAAUGUGGCAAAGCCUUUCACCAAACCUCAGGCCUUUCUGUACAUAAAAGAAUUCAUUCUGGUGAGAAACCCUACCAAUGUCAACAAUGUGGCAAAGCCUUCUAUCAGUCCUCACGGCUUUCUGAACAUCAAAGAAUUCAUUCUGGAGAGAAACUCUGCAAAUGUCAACAAUGUGGCAAAGCCUUUAACUGGUACUCAAACCUUUCUGAACAUCAAAGAAUUCAUUCUGGAGAAAAACCCUACAAAUGUCAACAGUGUGGCAAAGCCUUUAGUCGGUACUCACACCUUUCUGAACAUAAAAGAAUUCAUUCUGGAGAAAAACCCUACAAAUGUCAACAGUGUGGCAAAACGUUUACUUUUAGUUCAUCCCUAACUAAUCAUCAAAGAAUUCAUUCUGGAGAGAAACCCUACAAAUGUCAAGAAUGUGGCAAAGCCUUUCACCAAACCUCAGGCCUUUCUGUACAUAAAAGAAUUCAUAGGGCAGCGCCUGUGGCUCAGAGGGGUAGGGCACUGGCCCCAUAUGCUGGAGGUGGUGGGGUCAAACCCAGCCCCGGCCAAAAUCUGCCAAAGAAAACCCCAAAAAACAAUUCAUUCCAGAGGGAAACCCUACAAAUGUCAACAAUGUGGCAAAGCCUUUAAUCAGUACUCACAACUUUCUGUACAUCAAAAAAUUCAUUCUGGAGAGAAACCCUACGAAUGUCAACAAUGUGGCAAAGCCUUUAUCCAGUACUCACACCUUUCUAGACAUCAAAGAAUUCAUUCUGGAGAGAAACCCUAGAUAUGUUAAGAAUGUGGCAAUGCCUUUCACCAGUACUCGUGCCUUUUUUGAACAUCAAAGAAUUCAUUUUGGAGAGAAACCUUACAAAUGCCAACAAUGUGGCAAACCCUUUCACUAGUACUCAAACCUAUCUGUGCAUCAAGUAAUUCAUUUGUGAGACCAACCCUACAAAUGCUAGGAAUGUGGCAAAGCCUUUAACCCACACCCAGACCUUUCUGUACACAAAAGACUACAUCUGGAAAGAAACCCUACAAAUGUUAACAAUGUGGCAAAGCCUUUAAUCAAUAUAUGAAACAUAUUGUACAUAAAAGAAUUCAUUCUGUAGAGAAACUUAAAUAUGAACAGUGUGGCAAACCCUUUAUCUCACUUUCAAACGUCCCCGGUACAUAAAAUACAUCAUACAGGACAGAAAUCCUCAAAAUAUGAAGAAUGUUGUAGUGCCUUUUCCUGGUGUUGGUAACUUACUAAGCAUAAAAGAAUUCACACUAGUGAGCAAUCCCAAAACUGAACAGUGUGGCAAUUCCUGUAACUGAACUCAAACCUUACUACACAUAACAAAAUUCACAGUGGAGAGAACUCCUACAGAUGUGAAAAAUGUGGCAAAGAUUUUUACUGUUCUUCAGCUCUUAGUAAACCUAAGAGAACUCAUCCCAGAGAAAUAAUGUGACAAUGUGAAGAUAUGGCAAAGCCAAAACCAGUAGUCCCAGUUUUCUCUACACAAUAGAAUUGUUGAAGAGAAUUCUACAAAUGUGAAGAACUUGACAAAUGCUUAACUUGUGCUCAAACCAUUGUAUAAAUGAAAAGUUUAUAAGACAGAAAUCCCUGAAGACAGUUUUGAAUCCUAUAAGCAGGAUUCAGUACAUUUCACAAAUUUCAGUACAUUAGCAGAAUUUAUAAAGCAAUUGUGUAUAUGUGAAGAAUGUGACAAUGUUUUUAAAUAUUUCUCAUGGUUUUCUAAUCACAAUUCAUAAUGAAUGAAAUACUCUACAAAUGUCAAUCAUGUCUCAAAGCCUUAAAGUUGUGUUUGUCCUGUUAGGUAGGGCUGAGGAGAGACAGGGCAGAGGAUACUAGCAGAUCCUUUGUCCAUCAUAAGAAGAACAAAAUGAGCAGAGGGCACUUCCACAGAAGACAGGCUAGCACUUCAAGAAGAUUCUGAAAAGUGAACUGAGGUUUGCUCUACAAAAAUGAGUCUCAGGCUCUGCACCUAUAACUCAACUGGCUAGGGUGCCAGCUACAUACACUGGACCUGGUGGGUUCACAUCCAGCUAGGGCCCACCAAACAACUAUGACAACUACAACCAAAAAGAAAGAAUAGCUGGGCAUUGUCACGGAUGCCUGUAGUCCUAGCUACUCAGACUGAGGCAAGAGAAUUGCUUAAGCCCAAGAAUUUCGGGUUACUGUGAGCUGUGAUGCCACAGCACUCUACCCAGGGUGAAAGCUUGAAAGUCUGUCUCAAAAAAAAAAAAAAAAAAAAGAAAAACAAAAUGACCCUCAGAGGGUGAGAGGCCACAAUGUAGACAUACAGCCAAGGCCUCAAAUGGAUGUUUGGAGCAUGGGUUCAGGUAAUGUGCCUGUAAGCUCAAGUGACCUAUUUUUGUUAACAUAGUAUAAUUUAUACCAGUGCUAUCACACUAUACAAAUACAAUGAUAACUUCUGGAAAUUGUCUUACAGGGAUACAAAAUGUAAAGACACUCCUUUCUGGAAGUUUCCCCCCUUUCUAGGAAAAAUCAUGAAUAUUCCCCCCCCCACUUAACAUAAAAUUGGGAAAUCUAUAUAUAAGAAAAGCAUCUUACUAAACCCAGAGUCAUCUCCACUUGAAAGAUAUGUUCCUUCUCUGGAGUAUACUGUUCUCUUAUAAACUUUGAUCUUUCGCAUA